CAUUUAGAGAGGUCAAAAUUUCCCCCUAUAGAUGGAUCUCUAGCUUUGCAAAUGUCAGUAAUUAAUUCUUUCCCCUCAUCAAAUCGUGUUUGUGGGCAGUGUGCCCCAGCUCUUACAGGCCAUUCCUUUAUGUACCUUAUUUGAUAUACAAGCCGUGCGAAAGUUUGGAAGACAACUCUGCUAAUACAAGCUAGAGCCUGCCUACCAACGCCUAUGGAGACCCUUCAACGAGCACUCGAGGAGCUCACUGUGACAGCCGAGGGUAGCUCCAGGGAUUGGACCGUCGAUGAUAUCUUGGAAUCUCCACGGCCGUACAAGCGGGCGAAGCGUUCGGCUGAGGACAUCAAAAAGGAAUUGGAAGAGGAAUUUCUAUCACCUUCCCCAUGGUUCAAUGAUGAAUGGCUCAACCGUCUCCAACACCGCUGGCAACCCCCUACCGAUUAUGCAGAUCUCCUCGACAUCACCCCGACACAAACCCGAACUAUCAUACGAUUCACACGGGAAGGGCUUGAAGGACGCGUGACAGGCUAUAAAGAACUCACCGUUCCAGCAAGCAGUGCAACGGCUAAGAACUCAACAUCGAUUCUACGGAAACCUGCCAACCGUGCUGAAUUUGUCCGAGGUGCGGCAGGGUUCUUUCCCUUCGCUCCUGGCGGACUAGAUGGCGUGGAGGCCGUCGCUGCAGCCGAAGACAAUGCACUACAGCAUGAGCUGACCGAGAGAGCUUCGGGAAAGUUAGGCUUGGAUCGAGUGAUCCAAGUUGGUGCGCAAGGGGCGUUGUUGGAGGUUCCUCCAGGAUUCUCACGAGGGUUGUCCUUCGCUCGUAUCGAUCAGGAUCAAGUCGAAAGGGCCACGGCAGAUGAAGUGCAGGCAGCGUUGGCCGAGGAUCCAGAACCUAUGGACGCCAACGCACCCGGUCAAAUUCUUGCCGGCGUCACAGCCGAUGUCCAAAGGGAAGAUUCGAUGCAAUCGGAGGAAUAUGCUGAAGAGGACGAAAUUGAUGCCCUACUCCCUGUCGAAUUCCCCGCAUUGGCACCAAGGAGCCAACUCGCCUUCUCGUCGUUACAGAAAGGUGGCAAGGAAUGGGCGCACAUGGUCGAUAUCAAUCGGGAGAUCUCGAACUUCAAGGAACUCGUGCCGGACAUGGCAAGAGAAUGGCCCUUUGAACUCGAUACCUUCCAAAAAGAGGCAGUUUAUCAUCUGGAAAAUGGGGAUUCCGUUUUCGUUGCAGCCCAUACAUCGGCUGGCAAAACCGUGGUUGCCGAGUAUGCGAUUGCGUUGGCCGCGAAGCAUAUGACCAAGGCAAUCUACACCUCCCCAAUCAAAGCCCUCAGCAACCAAAAAUUCCGCGAUUUCCGAAACACUUUUGACGAUGUGGGGAUUCUGACAGGGGAUGUCCAAAUCCGGCCAGAAGCAAGCUGCCUGAUAAUGACCACGGAGAUUUUACGCAGCAUGCUGUACAGGGGUGCCGAUCUAAUACGGGAUGUGGAGUUCGUCAUUUUUGAUGAGGUUCAUUACGUGAAUGAUCUGGAGCGUGGUGUCGUUUGGGAGGAGGUCAUCAUCAUGCUUCCCGAACAUGUCACACUUAUCCUGUUGUCGGCAACGGUUCCCAACACGUACGAAUUCGCAUCAUGGGUAGGCCGAACCAAGAAGAAGGAUAUCUAUGUCAUUUCCACGCCAAAACGACCGGUGCCGUUGGAAUAUUACCUUUGGGCAAAGAAGUCGAUGCACAAAAUCGUCAACGAGGACAAACAAUUCCUAGACAAGGGUUGGAAGGAAGCAAAUGACAUUUUGACUGGGGCGGACAAGGUCAAGGCACCUGUUCCUGAUCAAGCCGGACCCCCCCGGGGUUCAAUCAAUCAGCGUGGCUCGAACCGAGGUCAAGAUCGUGGAAGGGCACGAGGCAAUCAAAGAGGCGGUCCACAACGCGGAGGUCCACAACGAGGUGGCGGUCAGAGAGGACCCCCCGCUGGACGAGGUCAACCAUCUCAUCGAGGCCAUGGGAAUAUCGCUCGAACGGGUCGCGGAGGCGGGAGAACGACGGCAGCCCAAGACCGAACAAUCUGGGUGCACCUGGUCCAAUAUCUUCGGAAAGAAAAUCUUCUGCCCGCAUGCAUCUUCGUGUUUUCGAAGAAACGGUGCGAAGAGAAUGCGGAUGCCCUCUCCAGCCUCGAUUUCUGUUCGGCGGUGGAGAAGAGCGCGGUUCACAUGAUCAUUGAGCGUUCCGUAGCCCGACUCAAGCCCGAGGAUCGUGGGUUGCCACAGAUCCGUCGCUUACGCGAAUUGCUAGGUCGUGGCAUCGCUGUGCACCAUGGCGGUAUGCUUCCGAUUGUCAAAGAGAUGGUUGAGAUCCUCUUCGCUCGAGGACUAGUCAAGGUUCUCUUUGCGACGGAGACAUUCGCUAUGGGUCUAAACCUCCCAACUCGAACCGUAGCAUUCUCCGGAUAUCGGAAGCAUGAUGGUAGAUCAUUCCGUGAUCUACUUCCAGGAGAGGUAACCCAAAUGUCCGGCCGUGCUGGACGUCGCGGUAUCGACAGUGUAGGCACGGUGAUAUUUGUUCUACCCGGAGCGGAUGACGCUCCACCAUCAACACGGCUUCGACAGAUGAUUUUGGGAGACGCGACCAAACUCAAGUCGCAAUUCAGGCUAACAUACACGAUGAUUCUCAACCUCCUCAGGGUUGAAGCUCUGAAAAUUGAGGAGAUGAUCAAACGCAGCUUCAGCGAGAACGCUACUCAAGCCCUAUUACCGGAGCAUGAGAAACAGGUGAAAUUAUCCGAAGCCGAUCUUGCGAAAAUCAAGAGAGAGCCUUGCGAUAUAUGCGAUAUCGAUCUCGCGCAAUGCCAUGAAGCCUCCAUGAUGUUCGAGAAACUAAACGCCGAAAUGCACCUGACGGCAUUGGGGUCUCCUGUGAGCAAGCGCAUGUUCACGGCAAAAAGGCUGGUCAUCUUUCGCCGAGAUGGUGUUCGCUCUGUGGGCGUACUCACGAGGGAUGGGGCCAACGCCACCAUGACGAAAGCGGCCGUCCCAACCGUCCCCAUCCUUGAAUUCACCUCGAAGAAAUCCCGCAGCACAAGUGACGUUCUCCCAUGCCUGGGCGAGUUUGCCAAGUUCUUCGACCAGCUUCCGACUACGCAACAGGAGAUGAAGUUCCGGGUCACUUUGGUGCCUGUAUCGGACCUGGAAUGCCUCACUAGGACUAUUAUCGGGGGGGAUCAGCCGGUAUUGAAGGCGCUCCACGACAGGAAACUCCAGAGUGCGCUUCUUGAAGUCGAACUCUUCCCGAUUUUCCAGUCUUGGACUUACAAGGACUGGGAUGAGCUCGAUUGGACCAGAGUGAAGAAUCUUGAAUUUAACAACGUCCGUGAAAAGCGAGCCGAAGCGUCGAAGCUCGCACAGGAGACCCAAUGUUUUCGAUGUCCCAAAUUUGUGCAGCACUUUGCCAUGCAACAUGAUGAAUGGCUGAUCAAGGAGAACAUCAACCAAUUGCGACAGCUCAUGUCGGAUCAAAACCUUCAGCUUCUUCCCGACUAUGAGCAACGCAUCCAGGUCCUGAAGGAGCUUGGCUUCAUCGACGAGAACUCCCGCGUCGAGUUGAAAGGGAAGGUUGCUUGCGAAGUACAUUCGGCAGACGAGCUGGUUCUCACAGAAUUGAUAUUGGAAAACGCACUUGCCGACUAUGAACCUGAGGAGAUCGUGGCUCUUCUCUCGGCAUUCGUCUUCGAAGAAAAGACGGAUUCGGAGCCCACACUGACGCCUCGGUUGGAAAAGGGGAAGAACAAGAUCAUCGAGAUCUCCAACAAAGUCAAUCGUGUUCAGGAGACGUACCAGGUCAUCCUCUCAUCGGACGACUCGAACGAUUUCGUGAGCAAGCCUCGAUUCGGCAUGGUCGAGGUGGUGUAUGAAUGGGCUCGAGGAAUGUCGUUCAACCGGAUCACGGAUUUGACGGAUGUGAUGGAAGGAACGAUUGUCCGCGUCAUCACGCGGCUCGACGAGACGUGUCGCGAAGUGAAGAAUGCGGCGCGACUCGUUGGAGACCCGACGCUGUUCACCAAGAUGCAGACUUGUCAGGAGAUGAUCAAGAGGGAUGUGUGCGCGGUUGCGUCGCUGUACAUGUAGGGUACCGGAGACGCUAUUACUAGAAGGGCAGCACCGGGGUUCAAGGAGUAGACUUAAGGAGUAGGCUCAAGAAGAUAG